UUAUGUUUAUAACUUACCUACUUGAUAUUUCCUGAUUUAUGUAGUUCUGAUUCAGACUGAUUCUGAAUGAUUUAAACAACAAUAAUAAAGUGGGUCAAAUGUCGUACAGAUAAAGAUAAAUCGUAAGAAAUUAAUAAUUGUUAGUAAAACGUUUUACAAAUUACACUACGUUUACGCAUGUAAAAUGUUACGACAUAAUAAUAUGAAAACCGAGGUCAUUUUUUGCCAUUAAGAACCUUUCAUUUAAAGUGUACGUAGUAUUUCUUAGUAGUCUGGGCCUUUAAUUUGUAAAUUAUCGGACAGUUUACCUAUGCUUAUUUUAGAACGUUCAUGCGCUGCAAUAGCUAGACGUUUUAGUAUUAGAAUGGCAUCUACAAAAUAUUCGUAUGAGGAUGCUGUUCAGAAGCUAAAUACUUUGCAAUCUAAUAAAUCUACAAUUCAGCAGAUUAGGAAAGAUUUAAAAAGCGGCAAAAAAUGCACAAAUUUAGAAGACAUGGAGAACUACCUUCUCCGCACAGGAAUUACAUUGCCCAUGUUAGACAAAUUGUCUGUCAUACAUGUCGCUGGAACAAAAGGAAAGGGAUCAACGAGUGCGAUGUGCGAGUCUAUCCUGCGCGCGCACGGGUUCCGCACGGGGUUCUACUCGUCGCCGCACCUGGUGGCGGUGCGCGAGCGCGUGCGGCUCUGCGGAACCCCGAUACACGAGCACAUGUUCGCGCAAUACUUCCAUGAGGUGUAUGAGGCUCUGUAUAAUACACAGAGGUUCAAGGACGAUAUGCCAAAGUACUUCGCUUUCCUCACGGUGCUGGCGUUCCACGUGUUCCUGCGGGAGAAGGUGGACGUCGCCGUCGUCGAGGUUGGCAUCGGCGGCAUCGUCGACUAUACUAAUGUCUUGAGGAAAGUACCAAUAGUGGGCAUCACUUCUUUAGGGCUCGACCACACGUCGAUCCUCGGCAACACCCUAGCUGAGAUCGCCGCGGCCAAGGCGGGCAUCAUGAAGCCCAACUGUGAGGCGUACACGGUCAAUCAAUCGCCUGAAGCGAUGCGCGUAUUGGAAAAAGUCGCUACUGACGUAAAGUGCUCUCUAAAAAUUGUUCCUGAAUACAAUUCAUAUUCCUUCCAAAACGGUCUCAGACAUGACAUAGCAUUAGAGGCAUAUCAAAUGAAUGCAUCUUUAGCAGUACAAUUAGCACAUGCUUGGAUGAGGGUAGCAAGAGAAAACAAAACAAACCAUAGACAAGAAACCAAUGGAAAUGAAAUUAUUAAUGGAAAUUCAAACACAGAUCUGAAUAAAGCUACAAGUAUCGACAAUGGGCUUGUGCAAACUCUAACAAAGGAAACAGUAAUUGGUUUAAGAGACUGUAAAUGGCCUGGAAGGUUCCAUGUCAUACACACAGACUCAGCUGACUUCUAUCUAGAUGGCGCACACACUAAAGAGUCAAUUGAAAUAUGUGCUGAGUGGUUUGAACAAAAUAACAGGUGUCGAGAUAAAGUUUUGAUUUUUAGUGCCACGGGCGAUAGGGAUGCCGAAGUUCUUUUGUCACCACUGCAAAAAAUAAAUUUCCGGGCAGUGUAUUUUGUAAUACCAACUGCAUACAAAUACACUUCUAAACAGAACGAUAACUUUUCAAUAUUAGAAAAUGAUGAAUUACUGCAAAGGUGUAAGAAUCAUGCUAACAUAUGGAAGAAAAAUUAUAACAAUACUACUACACACAUAAUGGAAUGUGUAUCAGAGGUUAUAAUGCACUUGGAUACAGAAAACUGCGAUAUUUCUGUAUUGAUUACUGGAUCAUUACAUUUAGUGGGAGCUUCAUUGGCAAUCAUAGACCCUAAUUUGUGUCUUAUAUAAGAAUAAAUAAGCAGAAAUAAAAAUAGCAAAAAGAUAAUAGUAAGAAUAAAAAUGACUACAAUAUUAUGUUAUACUGUAUCAUAAAUCUGGUAAAAUAAAUACUUAA